CGCUUCACACGGCAUCGCGAAAGCUCUCUCUUCUCCUCAGAUCCCGAGCUAGCUUCGCCGAAAUCCGAAUGGCCUCCUACGACGACGAGGACGGCGCCGGCCGCCGCGGCCGCCCGCCGCCGCAGCAGCACCGGCCGUCCGGAGGCGGAAGCGGCGACCUGGUUUCAAGCGCCAAGCUGGUGGCGGACGCGGCCAAGUCGGUGUUCCAGGACAAAAACUUGGACAAGGUCGACAAGGGCCGCGUCGCGGGCGCCGCCGCGGACCUUCUCCACGCCGCCUCCCAGUACGGGAAGCUCGAGGGCAAGCCCGCCGGGAACUACCUCGAGAAGGCCGAGGAGUACCUCCACCAGUACGGCCGCAAGGAGGGGUCCGGCGGUUCAGGUGGUGGUGGUGGUAAGUACCAGGAGGAGGACGGCGAGGGCAAGUACAAGAAGAAGCCCGGUGGUGGGAGGUAUGAGGAGGAGGAUGAGUACAGGAAGAAGCCUCCCAGUGGUGGCGGUGGCGGCGGCUAUGGAGGGGGGAGGUAUGAGGAUGAAGACGAUUACAGGAAGAAGCCUUCCAGUGGUGGCGGUGGCUAUGGUGGAGGAAGGUAUGAGGAAGAGGAUGGGUACAAGAAGAAGCCUGCCAGUGGUGGUGGUGGCUAUGGUGGAGGAAGAUAUGAAGAAGAUGAUGAUUAUAGGAAGAAGCCGAGUGGCGGUGGCUAUGGCGGAGGAAGGUACGAGGAAGAAGAUGAUUACAGGAAGAAGGCUAGUGCAGGUGCAGGUGGAUAUGGAGGUGGAGGAAGAUAUGAAAAUGAGUACCAGAAGAAGCCUGGUGGUGGCCAUGGUGGAGGGAGGUAUGAGGAAGAUGACGAGUACAGGAAGCCUAGCGGUGGAUACGGACAUGGGGCUUCAGGUGGUGGAGGCGAUGGAGGGAGGUAUGAAGAAGAGGACUACAAGAAGAAGCCUGGUGGGCACUCAGGUGGCAGGUAUGAGGAAGAGGAGGGGUACAAGAAGCCUGGUGGCCAUGGGGGAGGGAAGUAUGGUAAGGAGGAAGGGGACGAAGACAAGAAGAAGAAGAAGCAGGGCGGCGAUGAGUCGGAGGGUGGCAUUGGAGACUACCUGAAACUGGCACAGGGUCUAAUGAAGAAACAAGGCGGAGAAGGGGAGAGCGGUGGCGGCAGUGGCGGCGGCAUGGGGGACUACUUGAAGCUUGCAGAAGGCUUCUUGAAGAAGCGCUGAUUCAUAACUGAAUUUAUGCUAUGACAUGAGUUCUGAAGGAUCUUGCUGUAUUUGGUUAGUCUCCUAUCCUGCUAAAUGCCCAAUUGGUGUGUAAUUCCGUACUAUCUCCAUGAUCUCCAUCCGGACACAGAUAAACUGUGUACUGUAACAUGAAUACUUAAGGUGCUACUUAUGAAUGCAGGGGAAUAAAUAUUGGAUGAAACUUGUGUUGUUUCAUAUUUCUGUAUGCUGUUACUGACUAUAUUUAAGCAUUACAGUGCAAUGCAAAUGCAUUGUUCAGAAAUUAUUCUUUAUUGAUUCAUACUUUGUAGUUGAUAUUACUCAAAGUUGUGUUUUCAGGGAACAAUACUCAAAGUUGUGUUUUCAGAGAACAAUACUCAAAGUAGGAGUGCUACUGGAGUGUGUGGGUAUUCUAUCUCACCAUACCGGACUGUCAGUCAAGCUAAAUCUGAAACAAGGAGGACAAAUACAGUGUAAAUUUGGCUUGCUAUUAAGGUGAAUUACUGUUGUUAUGCAAGUUAUGUCCAUAUGACUCACGGACCAUUCCUGUGCUGUAAGCUCUUAUCUUCAAGAGGCAGUCACCAACUCCUUUAUUUAUUUAUUUUUUGGCAUUACAAUAUAGUGAUGUUUCAUGCAAAAU